CCCCCAGCCCAACAGCUGGGACUGGAGGGGCUUCUGAGCAGCCUGAGCUAGUGGAAGGUGUCCCUGCCCGUGGCAGGGAGUGGAAUGAGAGGAGCUUUAAGGUCCCUCCCAACCCAAACCAUUCCAUGAUUCAUCGGGAUGCACAAUGACCUGACUGCCCCUCCAGGAGCCCGGGAUCUGUCCUGCCAGGUGCUGGAGAGUGGGGGGCUGGUGCUGCUGUGCACCCAGAGCGUGCUCAACACACCCAGAGCACAACAGCACCCACACAGGAUCCAUCCCAUGCUACGGGAAUGCACAGCUCCAGCACUCCAGCCAUGUUUGGCUCCACGUUUAAGGCCUCGGAGUGAGGGGUUAACCCAGCUCCUGGCCAGCCCCAGCUGGUUUUUCUGGAGCAAAAGCAGAUGUGGGAGCAGGGAGGCAGUGAGGGGGAUGGAUGGGGCUGGGGGCUGAGCUCCUCAGCUGCAGCACCAGGCAAUCAGGGCUGCAAAUUGGGAUCAGAUGUGGGCAGCUUCCCGCCCUAAAUGGAGCGCUCCAGGCGGUUGCCUGGAUUGGCUUUGCUCUGGCUGGGGAGGAGGAGGAAGAGGAGGGUUUCUGAGUGCUGCUGGGGCCCAGGGUGGCUGCAGGGACCCUCAGAGUGUGGUGCUCCCUUGGCAGAGCUGUGUUUUCCUUGGGCAGCCCCACUGCUGGGCCCUCUGAGCUGUGCUUGCCUGCCUCUUUCCCUGCUUCCUUCCCUGUCUCUGCCAGGCUGGAGGGGGCUCUUACUGGAGCGGGGCUGAUGCAGGAGUUGGUGGCUGGUGUGGAGAAGAUCAGGUUUGACCUGGAGGCCGAUGUAGAGCAGCAGCAAGGAGCUCGGCCCCUGCCCUUCCCGGGGGUGGACAGUGUGCAGGGCCCCUCCAGGCGCGGCGGCGGGGCCAAGACCGCGGUGUGCAGGCACUGGCUGCGGGGGCUCUGCAAGAGGGGCGACGGCUGCGACUUCCUGCACGAGCACGACGCCACCGGGAUGCCCGAGUGCUAUUUCUACUCCAAGUUUGGCGAGUGCAGCAACAAGGACUGUCCCUUCCUGCACGUCGAUGCCACCCCCAGCACCAUGGGCUGUCCCUGGUACGACCGCGGGUUCUGCAGGCACGGUCCCCGGUGCAAGUACAAGCACACGCGGAGGGUGAUGUGUGCCAACUACCUGGUGGGGUUCUGCCCAGAGGGACCCAAGUGCAAGUUCGUGCACCUCAAGGCCGGGCUGAUGACGAGCAGCACGGAUCCCUCCAAGGAAACUGGCUGUCCAUGGGGGCUGGUACAGCGGGAUCUGGCUGCUGGUGAGGAGAGGGGAGGCGAGGACAUGCCAUCCACAGAGCCACCUCCACGAGUCACACAGCACCUGGCAGCACAUCUGUGGGACAUCAGUGGCUGCCCCCCGGACCCACAGAGCCUGCUGGAACAAGGUACCUGCUCCAAGAGUGAACAGGUCAGUCCCUACACUGGUGAGAGUGGGAGGACUCAGCUGGAAAUGCUGCUGGGGAAGUGACUCCAGUGGUCCCACACGGAUCAGGGAAGGAGGACACCCUAAAACACGAUGGAGAUGGAGAGACAGCACCAGGGCAGCUGCUGGACUAGAAAAGCCAGUCGGGUUUGCUCAGCACCAGCUCACAAUUUGCACAAGCAGCAGAGAAAUCACUUAAUGCAAGGAAAAUUGGACUUCCCACAGCUGGCUCUGGACAGGCCAGCAGCAGCACCCCCAGGUUUGAAGGGACUGGCUUGUGCCAGGCCCUGGGCACGAGGGUGAGGGUGUGCUCAUCCCCUGGGAAGGGGGCACAAAGCACCGUGUCUGAGAUCACAGACCAAGCAGGAAAGGAAAAUCCACAAAGGUUUUUAUUGCUGGUGAGAGAAUUUCUUAUGAACCACCUCCAACACAGCACUACUGCACCUCACUGAAUAAAGAGCUCAGAUUUUU